AUGACAUUUACAAGUAUUAAUAAUUAUAAUAAUGGUGAUAGUCAACCAACAAAUAGUUUUCCAGGUAUUCUAUUUUUUGGACCGAUUGUAAAGAGUAAAAAACAACAACUCCAACAAAAACAAGAGAAUUGUAAUAGUAAUAGCAGAUAUAAACAAAAACAAGUUUCAAUCUCGAAAUUGUAUAGAGAGAAAUCUUGUUUAAACUAUAUUAGUACACCCAAGGAAAAGCUUGACUUUUAUUCCAAUCUUGUAGAGGUAUUCACUGAGAUGGAUGCGAACUUGGCAAACGAUUUGAAAAAUGAAAACAUAUCAAAAGUAAUUUCAUCGAAUAGGAUGAACAAAGCAUUGAUCACUGUCAAGCGUUCAGAUUCUCUUGACAUGGCACUCAAAGUACUCUCUGAAAAUGAUAUAUCAUCGUGUCCUGUAAUCGAUCCAAAACUUGGUUGUAUGGGUUUAGUUGAUAUGUUUGAUAUUGUUGAAUAUGUAUUAGCAAUGUUUAAAAAACAAAUGGAUGCAAAUGGUGGAAGUAGUAAUAUUAAACCGUCAAAGUUGUUGGGAAUGAAUUAUUUUAAAUUGAAUCUGGAUCCAGUGUCUGUUGUCAUCAACAAAUCGAAUGAUGUCGAAACAAUGUGUCCUGUGGUUACAGAGAUGGACAAUGUAUUCAAUCUGAUACAGUUGUUCGCAAUGGGUUGUCAUAGAGUUCCAGUUUACUCUGUGCCUUCGCCAGUUUUGGAAAGUGGGAGUGGAAGUAGUAGUGGCGGCGGUGGUGGUGGUGUUCCACGUUUGAAUAGAGUUAUUAGUCAAACCGAUCUAGCUAUUUGGGCAUGGCAAAACCCGCUGAUACGUUCGCGAAUCGUACAGAGUCAAUCGACAGUCGAGAACUUCUAUCAUCCCAAUCCAAAGUGUGUCAACCAGUCGACCCCAACCAUUGAAGUACUGCGGUUACUUCACGACCACAAAAUCAGUGCGGUGGCAGUGGUGGAUGACCGUGGCAAAAUCAAGAACGAAGUGAGCACCGACAGCUGGAAAGGCAUCAACGAGAAGAAUCUCGAUCUGAUAUUCGAAGACCAAACAGAUAAUAAUAAUAAUAAUAAUAAUAAUAUUAGUCAGUCAAUCGAUGUAGCUAUAUUUAAAUAUUUGUUCGUUUCAAAUAAACAACACAGCAGAGCAGAGCAUAGCAGAGCAGAGAGUGGAGUUUGA